AUCAAAGUCUAAGAAUUCCUCCGAAAAAGAAGUCAAAGGAGCCGGAUCUCUUACGCUCCCUAUCGACAUCAUCUUUCCCCCAAACAACAACAUACACCAAAUUUACGACAACAUCAUCGAGAGAAUCAUUCGAGAUGGCGCGUCGUCCGGCAAGAUGCUACCGAUACUGCAAGAACAAGCCGUAUCCUAAGUCCCGAUUCAACCGUGGUGUACCCGACCCUAAGAUCCGCAUCUUCGAUCUUGGCCGAAAGCGUGCGACCGUUGACGACUUCCCUCUCUGCAUCCACCUUGUCUCCAACGAGUAUGAGCAGUUGAGCUCCGAGGCUCUCGAAGCCGCCCGUAUUUGCGCCAACAAGUACCUCGUCAAGAUGGCCGGAAAGGAAGGUUUCCAUCUCCGUGUCCGCGCUCACCCCUACCACGUCGUCCGUAUCAACAAGAUGUUGUCUUGCGCUGGUGCCGAUAGACUGCAGACUGGUAUGCGUGGUGCUUGGGGUAAGCCCAACGGAACUGUUGCCCGUGUCAACAUUGGUCAAAUCAUCCUGAGUGUCCGAACUCGUGAUUCUAACCGUGCUAUCGCCCUGGAGGCUCUCCGACGAUCCCAGUACAAGUUCCCUGGCCGACAAAAGAUCAUCAUCUCCAAGAACUGGGGUUUCACUCCUCUCCGACGUGAGGAGUACCUCGAGAAGAAGGCUGCUGGUCGCGUCAAGGUCGAUGGUGCUUACGUUCAGUUCCUUACCAACCACGGUAGCCUCCAGCAGAACAUCAAGCGUUUCCCCGAUGCUUUCUCUGAGGCUUAAAUUUAAGAAAUGGUGGUUUGUAACGACGAGAAAGCAAAUCUGGGUUGAGGGGACAGGCGUAUAAUGGGUUACCAUAGCACUGCUACAUGACAGUCAAUUCGGAUCUUGCAUUUGCACCUUA